AUGGCAUAUGAUAGGUAUGUUGCCAUUUGCCAUCCACUGCACUAUGAGAUGGUGAUAAAUUGGAAAUACUGUACUGAAAUAAUAAUUAUAGUGUGGGUUACAGGCCUCCUCUAUGGAAUGUUGCAUACCACUGGCACAUUUUCUAUACCUUUUUGUUCUAAUGUUGUCAACCAAUUUUUCUGUGAUGUUCCACAGUUGCUAAAGUUAUCUUGCUCUGGAUUUAAUCUACUUGAGGUUGGAGUACUUGUGGUCAGUAACAUUGCGGGACUAGGUUGUUUUACUUUCAUUAUCAUAUCUUACAUUAUGAUCUUCAAGGCAGUAUUAAAAAUCCCUUCUGAACAAGUAGGCAAAAAAACCGUUACAACUUGUCUUUCCCACCUUAUUGUAGUGUCUAUGUUAGUAUUAAGUGCAUUAAUGGCCUAUGGGAGACCUCUCUCUAAUGCCUCAUUUUACUUAGAUUUGUGGUUGACUGUGCUGUGUCCUCUUCUUCCACCUCUAUUCAAUCCUAUCCUCUAUAAUAUGAGAAAUAGGAAUAUCAAAUAUGAAUAUGUUAAAAGGGAGCUAUGCAGUAACUGGAUGAAGGCACAUUCAACCUUUCAAUCCAGAAGAAUUGUAGAACUGAAGAAGUUACUCAGCAAAAAUUCUGCUGUACUUUAA